GGCUCAGUUGCGACAGCGCACAUAAAAAGGGUUCGGUCCAGGUGUCCACCGACAAGCUGGGAUCCCGAGACACAGACAAGUCGUGCAUCACAAUGGCCAGCGUCAAGCAGCAAAAAGGGGUCGACAAAGACAACAUCCAGGGCAGCAUUUGGCCCCGUCUGCCCAAGCACUUUGAAUCCUAUCUCUUUUUCCGGAUCACCGACAGGGCCAAGUUCCGCAAGCAUCUCCGGACCCUGCUGGACCAUGGGGAGAUCACCACCGGGAAGCAGUGCGAAGACCACCUCCGGGGGGUAGGAGAGCUGGAAGAAGCCUCCGCCGCAGCCCGACGCGACGUUCCCGAGCCCUACCGAGUGCCGUUCACCGCGAUCAAUGUCGCCUUCACCCAUAUGGGCCUGCUGAAGGUCGAGAAACCCGAGGUUGAGGUCGAAUUCGCCAAGAUUCAGAAGGACGACCCCGACGAGUAUUGCCGCGAUCGCAUCAACGAAGGGCUGUUCGAGAAAGGCAUGUUCGACGAUCUCGUCUACGAGGGAGCAGACAGUCCCGCCGCCCUCGAUCCCGAUUUCCGAGCCCCCGCCGCCAAUCUGGAGAAGCAAGAUCCCCUGGAACGCUGGGGCUGGCGGACCGAUGGGGUCUUCAUCGUGGCGGCACACAAUGCGAAGGCCCUCCGCCGGAAGAUCGUGGACAUCGAGGAUGCCUUUUACAUCGGCGAUGCCAACGAAGCCAGUAUGAAAGUCGCCUUCCGGCGAGAUGGUCAGACCCGCCCGGGGGCCAAUCGGGGCAAAGAACACUUUGGUUAUGAAGACCAUAUCUCGCAGCCCAAGAUCAAAGGAUUAGAUCCCAAGCCCGCCAAGGGCGAACCGCACGCGUGUCCGCCAGGAUACAUCUUUCUCGGCCAUGAGGGGGACCCCAACAAGAACAGAGGGCCGGCGUGGGCCAAGGAGGGCAGUUUUCUGGUUUUCCGGCAGCUCGACCAGAAGGUGCCCGAAUUCGAGAAGUUCCUCGAGGAGAAGGCCGGGCAGAUUCCAGGAAACAAUUACGCCGGUCCCCAUGGAGCGGAGAAGCUGGGGGCUCAUCUAAUGGGCCGAUGGAAGAGUGGAGCCCCCGUGGCGCACGCCUACAAUGAAGACAAGCCCGAGUUGGCCUUCAACAACUCUUUUGACUUCCGCCCCAAGAAGAGCAUCAAAGGCUGCCCGUUUGCCGCCCACAUUCGCAAGAUGCGUCCGCGCUCCGACAAGAAACGCGACGUGGGGACGGAGGAGGAUGGCGAUGAGACCGCGCUUCCCGACCCGGAUAGCGAUGAAUCAGAGGCAGAAGGCCAGGAGGAAGAUGCGAGCGUCAUUCUCCGUCGCGGCAUUACCUUUGGACCAGAGCUCACCGAUGAAGAGAAGAGGCUGCGAAAGACCAUCGAGCACCGAGGCAUCUACUUCACCUGCUACCAGAGCUUGAUCCGGGAUGGAUUCAACUUCCUCAUGACCCGGUGGGCAAGCAACGCCUCCUUCCCCGAGUACAAGACAAAGACCUUCCCGGAUGGCCCUGGAAUGGAUCCAUUCGUCAACCAGAGGCUUCGUUCCGAUCACCCCGAGGGUCACAUCAGUCUGUAUGAUGGAGUCAAUCCCGACAAGACCGUCAAGUUGAACCUGGGGAUUAGCCCUUGGGUGGACCAGAAAGGCGGCGAAUACUUCUUUACGCCUUCGAUCAUGGCCCUGAGAGAGCACUUUUCUACAGCUUGACCCAUGGCCCGUGUACUUAUUUCCCUGACAAUUCGAUAUCGG